GGACGCUGUUUCUCUCAGUCUGGAGGCGGGGGUGUCCCGAUCUGUUCUGGGGAGGCAGGAGGAGCUGAGCAGAAGUGAAACAGAAAGUAACUUCAGCAGCGCGGGACUUUCCAGCCCUCAACUGCUGUCUUUGAUACCUGAGCCGCACGGACAGCACACCUGAGGUCCAACAUUAACAAGGAGACGAACAUCUUUCAGCGGUAGAAGAGCAACAUGAAGCGACGCAGGUCUUCUUUGCCGUCAUUCAGUUCACAGACCAGUGAAGAUGAGUCCUCGAGUCCCAGCCGUGUCUCGAUGAAGAGUGAUGCAUCCAUGUUCCAGCCAAUGGCCUUUGGUGCUGACAAGUCAAAACCUUCAAAGACGAGUGAAGAUGAGUCCUCGAGUCCCAGCCGUGUCUCGAUGAAGAGUGAUGCAUCCAUGUUCCAGCCAAUGGCCUUUGGUGCUGACAAGUCAAAACCUUCCCAGACCAGUGGAGAUGAGUCCUCGAGUCCCAGCCUUGUCUCGAUGAAGAGUGAUGCAUCCAUGUUCCAGCCAAUGGCCUUUGGUGCUGACAAGUCAAAACCCGAGCUGACUGGGGAGCCAUCCAGUUGUUCAGUGUGUAUGGAGGUUUUGAGGGACCCAGUCCAUUUCGUCUGUGGACACUGGUCAUGCAAACAGUGUGUCAGCUCAGACUGGGACCAGUAUGAUUCACCAGCAGAGUACCCCUGCGCCAAGUGUGGAAAGAAACAAAAAUCUGAACACCAGAGUGAUACUGAGGAAGACGGGUACAUCCCCCUUUGGAAAGCAAAGAAGAAUCUGAAAGAAGCCAUGCAAAAGAAAUUUACUUUGACAUAUGAAGGUAAUGGCGACCAAGAGAGCUCCCUGAACCAAAUCUACUCAAAACUCGUCGUCAUCACUGGAGAGAGUGAAGGGCCUUAUGAAGAACAUGCAUUCAGACACACAAAGCACAACUUGGAACAACAAUAUUCUGAGCAAUUAGUCAACCUCAGUGACGUCUUCAAACCUGUGCCUGGCCAGGAGAAACCCCACAGAACAGUCCUGACAAAGGGCGUCGCAGGCAUUGGAAAAUCAUUUGCCGUGCAGAAAUUCAUCCUUGACUGGGCAGAGGAGAGAGCAAACCAGGAUAUCGAUUUCAUUUUCCUUCUUGCUUUCCGGGAGGUGAAUUUAAGUACAGAUAACAAAAGCUUGCACAAGCUCCUGACUGAAUUUCACCCUGCAGUUGAGUGUGUGAAAGACCCAGAGGAUUUGGUCAAAGCCAGGGUCAUGGUGAUCCUGGAUGGCCUGGAUGAAAGCAGACUUCAACUGGACUUCCAGAACAAGUCAGUAACAUCUGUUAGCAAAGUGACAUCUGUGGGCAGUCUCCUCGCAAACCUAAUCCAGGGUGUCCUUCUUCCUAACGCGAACCUUUGGAUAACAUCCCGUCCAGCAGCAGCCAGUCAGAUCCCUGCAAAGUUUGUUGACAUGGUGACGGAGAUAAGAGGGUUCAAUGACCAACAAAAAGAGGAGUACUUCAGAAAGCGAUUUAGUCACGACUUGAGCCUUGCUGACAGGAUCAUUUCACACAUUCGCUCUUCACCGAGUCUCGACAUCAUGUGCCAGAUCCCGAUCUUCUGCUGGAUUUCUGCUGUAUUAUUCCAGGAGUUCUUUGGGGGAGACGAGAAAGCUGAAAUCCCUCAAACUCUAACAGAGAUGAUGGCGCAUUUCCUGUUUGCCCAGACAAAACGCAGAAACAGGAAGUAUGAGAGUGAAACUGAGGGACUUCUGAAGACACACAGAGAGUUUCUUCUGAAACUUGGGAAGCUUGCAUUUGUUCACCUGGAGAAGAACAACCUAAUUUUCUACGAGGGAGACCUUGAAAAAUGUGGCAUUGACAUAAAAGAGGCAACCAUCUACUCUGGAUUUUGUACCACAGUUCUUAAGGAGGAAAAACUCUUUCAACAGAAAAAGAUCUUCUUCUUUUUGCACCUGACCAUUCAGGAGUUCUUUGCAGCUCUUUUUGUCUAUGACUGUUUCACGAACAAGAAUAUAACAGCGCUUGGUCACUUCCUCAGCCUGAAGUUGAAGGACCAUACUUUGCUUGAUCUUGUGAAGGUGACAGUUGACAAAGUGUUAGAGAAGAAGCACGGCCACCUGGACUUCUUCCUGCGAUUCCUCCUUGGCCUCAUGGUUGAACCCAACCGGAGAGUCCUUCAGGGUCUGCUUACAUCGCCGGACCCAAGCCAGGAUACCGACAAGAAAAUCUUGACCCACCUGAAAGCCAUCCGCAGAAAGGCCCUGUCUCCAGACAGUAGCAUGAACCUCUUCCAGGCCAUGGUCGAGAUGAGAGAUCACAAAGUCAAAGAUGAGAUUGAGGAAUAUCUCAAAUCAACACAUCAUUUGAAAACAGACCUGACUCCCCUGCACUGCUCUGCUCUGGCUUACAUGUUGCAGGUGUCGAAGAAUGAUCUGGAUGUGUUGGACUUGAAGAGUUACAACACAUCAGAGGAAGGCAGAAGGAGGCUGAUACCAGCUGUGAGGUGCAGCAGAAAGGCCAUACUAGCAGACUGCAAAGUGACUGAAGAGUGGGUUAAACACCUGGCCUUUGGUCUCAAGUUCCCCUACUUACCUCUAAGAGACCUGGAUCUGAGCAACAAUGACCUGAAAGACUCUGGAGUAAAGCUGCUCUGCGAUGGACUGUCGAGUCAGUGCUGUAGACUGGAGAUACUGAGUUUGUCAGGUUGUUUGGUCACAGAGGGCGGCUGUGCUCAUCUGGCCUCGGCUCUAAAGUCCAACCCCUCUUGUCUGGUGAAGCUGGACCUGAGCUACAACAACCCAGGAGACUCAGGAAAGAAGCUGCUGUCUGAGCUGAAGGAUGAUCCCCAAUACAAGCUCAGCGAGCUCAUUGUUGACCAUGAUGGAAUUAACCGGAUCAAACCAGGAUUCAAGAAAUAUGCCUGUGAGCUCACUUUGGAUCCCAACACAGCCCACAAGAACCUGCUUCUCUCUGGUGACAAAAAAAGGGUGACCUGGGUCGAAAGGAAGCAGCCAUAUCCCGAUCACCAAGGAAGGUUCGAUCACUGCCAACAGGUGUUGUGUGAACAGGGUCUAAAUGGGCGGUGCUACUGGGAGCUUGAGGUGUUGGAGCCCUUCAGUAUCGGGUUAACGUACAGAACCAUUAGCAGGAAAGGGGAUGCGAAUGAUUGCAAGCUGGGGCGCACCGACAAGUCUUGGUGUCUGAUUUGCUCUGAUGAUGGUAGUUAUGUUAAUCACUGCAACAACAGCAUCAGUGUAUCUUCCCUCUGCUCGCGCUCCAGUCGGGUGGGGGUGUAUCUGGAUUGGCCGGCUGGGACUCUGUCCUUCUACAGAGUUUCCUCCGACAGUCGGACCCACCUCCAUACCUACAAAACAAAGUUCACUGAGCCCCUCUAUCCUGCUAUUGAACUUCACACUGUUUCCUCUGCAUCGUUUUGUCAGCUUACUUGACCGAACUUUCACUGCAUUGACACGAGCAACUGAGAGUGUAGAUCUGCAUGUGGGCGGUUGAGACAUGUCCUAUACAGUCAAGGUACUAGUGAAGUGUUCUUACCGAUACUUUUAGAAAACACACAGGAUUUACUGCUCCUGUCUGCUAGCACCAGGUCUAAGCUGCCAGGCUUGUCUCUGCAGUGAGAUACAGAUGAGCAACACACCAGCCUGCAGCUCGGUGAGUACAGUGAUGAGUUUGAAGCAGUUUGCAUGUACAUAUCAUUUCUCAGGUAGGGGUGAAGUACUGCAAGUAGCUGAAGUCUGCUCGAAAAGUCACGUGAUGAUGCCAAUUUGCGUGUUCAUGGCAUCGCAGCCAUCUUGAAGGAUGGUAUGUGCUUCUCUUAGUGAAGUCAGAGCAUCUUCAGCUUCAGUAAUGUGAUAUUUCUGAGUGGAAGAGAAUAUGUGGGUGGGCUUUUCUUCCUACAGAUUUGAUCAGAUCGCUCAAGAGUGGGCGUGUCUUAGCAAAUACAGCAUGAUGCACAGUGGAAGAGAGCCAGAGAGCUUUAGAGGACUAAUCACCUGCACCCUCACCUCCCUCAACCAUAGUACGAGAUCAGGAGGACAAUAAGAGUUAAAUGAAUAAACGAGACAAGUUUUUGCUGGCUAAAAUCCACAACACACACCUUUUACUAAGAUAAUACUAUGCUAGCUACCCUCAGGCUAACAUAUGAUGGGAGUGGUUAGCUAGCGCUAAAUAAAUGAGAUAAAUAAAGAGAUAGAGUGAUAGAGUUAAACAGUGUAAGAGUAGCACUGUUAACUGUUUAUGUAUUUGCUUGUAAUAUAAUGUUUUGUAUUUUGUGCUAUGUAAAAUGUUCAUCUCAGUGUCAGACAGUAUGUAGAAAAUGUGAAUGAAAGUCAAAAGAAAAAAUGCAUGAACAGAGAUAAAAUAGAGCGGUGUGUGUUUGUUAGAGAGGUCAUGAACACAAACACUUUAACAACAUGUCUCUACCAGUCUUAACACCAAACCUACACCCUCUCCAGCAACCUGCUCUUCCUGUUUGGACUUUUUUUUUUUUUAAAUCUAUAAUAUUAUUUCCCAUAAAAAGUCUAAACUCAGAAGUAUUUCCACAAUCAGUAUCUGCCUGACUGUGUGAGACUGUGUGCAGGUUUGACCACUAACUUUGAUUAAUAAAGACUCCAGCUGCUCUUUCCUUCAUCUAUUCUCUCAAUAUUCUCUCCACUAACAACCAGCGGUAAUGUAGCUCAGAUUAUUUUUUCUUUUAGGACCAAAUGCUAACUAGUUUUUGUUCCUGAACCACACUUCUCGUCUGUGUAAAUAGCUGAUUGUCAUGUAUAACUCUAUAUAUAUCUCUUUUGAACAGUGUGAAAUAGAAAAUAGAAAGCGAACAUGGCUCACUGCUCGAUUUAUCAGCCCUAAUCAUUAAUCAGCAGCAGCUUUUAGUAUAGACAUAUUGGUAUUAGCUUUAGCCUCCAUGGCUGUUGAGAUGUAUUUUUGCUUUGACUUUGUGCAGCAGCCUCAUGCAUUGUGUUCAGACUGUGUGUGUCCUGAAUUGUGUAGGUUUGUGUCAUGUUUGUUGAAGGUCUUUAAACUUCUGGAGCAGACUGCUAGCGUUUUAGCCUCGCUAGCAGCAUGACACAAGGUUCACCAUGUUGGUCCAGACUGAAAUAAGAACUAUUUGAUGGAUUAGCAUGAAAUGUGGCACAGGCAUUCGUGGUCUGUGGAGGAUGCAUCCUCAUGACGUCAGAGAUCCCCUGACUUUUCACAUAGCGCCACCAUGAGGUCAGAAAUUUAAUUUUGACCUCAUGGUGGUCAAUAACAUUCCCUCCAGCCUCAGCUGUACUUGAUACGUGAUUAUUGCUAAUUAGCAGCUGUUAGCAUGCUAAUGCAUUAAACCAAGAAGGUGAACCUGGUGAACAUCUUACUUGCUAAAUUGCUUUGCGAGCACGUUAGCAUGCUGAUGUUAGCAUUUAGCUUAAAGCUCUGCUGUGUGUUAGCACAGCCUCACAGAGCUGCUAGCAUGGCUGCAGACUCGUUGUCUUGUUCAUUUAAGUUGAAGCACGUUGAAACAGACCUGCUACCUUAAAAUAAGAAACAAGAAUCGGUUUUGUCUGAAAGCUGGUACACAUGUCCUAAAGUAAAGAUAAAUUUCAGGGGUGCCCUGCUGGCCUUAUUGUUCAGGACCACAUCAAAACCAUGUCAGUUCAGAUGAUACUUCUCUCUGUUCACGUGUUUCCUGUCACUCUGUCCUGGUUUCAGACCUUCAACAGGCAUCACAUUUCACCAGUGUGUGUGUCGUGUAUGUAAAAGUUGUUGUGACCUUCACUUUUAACUUGCAGAAUUAAUACUUAAUAGACAGAAUUAAUGUCAGAGUGCCAUCAUGUUAAGUGCCUUUUAAUGACGACUCAAUAUUCUGUGGCUGACAAAUAGAAGCUUUUCAAAAUCAAGUCCAAAACAUUUGUUCAAGUAUUUCAGAUUUGAUGUGCUAAAAAUGCUAAAUGUGUGUUUUAAGUAUUCGGAUACAGCAGAGCUGCUGUUUCUGAUUGUUUCUCAGUGUUUUCAUGUGAUAAAAAUAAAGUUGGUGA